AGACCCUUCUGUUCGUUUUGUGUGGUUCUGGUAACACGCAGAUCGUCCCUCCCUGUGUGUGUGUGUCGGGCUGUCAUUGUGGGCAGAACCAAACGCACUGAGACGCUGCUGAGCUCUGCUUAGAUCCAAUGUUCAGUCCGCUCCGCACACCGACCAGGACCCUCUGUUACUCGCCGGGCUCGGAGGCUUCCUGCCCGCCGUAACGACACCACCAUCGACGAGGCGCCGAGCKGAGGGGUAGACGUUACGAAAGUGGGAUGCAGCAGGCCAGCCUGAGCCCUUGGAGAGGUUCCUGAGCCUCCGAAAUGGGUCAGACGAAAAUCGAGCCGGUGAGGAGAUUCGGUGCGGUUCAUACACCGACCCCUGGAAACGGCAGCAGCUAACCGACCGAGCCAUGUGUCCCCUGAUCUCCUGAUCCACUCUUUUUUUUCCUGACUCCUGCACUCAAAUCAAGACUCGCAGCAGCUCCUCCGCCUCAGUAAACCCAGCAUGGCRUCCCCCUUCAUGUGGAAGCUGUCGUCACAGAAGCUCGGCUUCUUCCUGGUCAGCUUCGGCUUCAUCUGGGGCAUGAUGCUGCUACACUUCACCAUCCAGCAGCGGGCCAGCCACGAGAACAGUGCGGUGCUGCGACAGCAGAUCCUGGAUCUCAGUAAGCGCUACAUCAAAGCCCUGGCUGAGGAGAAUCAAAAUGUCAUGGAUGGGCCGUAUGUGGGAACCAUGACGGCUUACGACUUGAAGAAGACCCUGGCAGUUCUGCUGGAUAACAUCAUGCUCAGGCUCGGCAAGCUCGAGUCCAAGGUGGAGAACAUUUACAACGGCACGGGAAACAACCUGACCAACGGCACCGGCACCGUCUCGCCAAGCUCUGGAAACCCAGAGAAGGUUAACGUGGCAGAUCUUCUAAACGGAGCCCAGGAGAAGUGCGAGCUUCCGCCGUUGGAUGGUUUUCCUCACUGCGAGAGCAAACUCAAGUGGAUGAAGGAGAUGUGGCGCUCAGACUCCUGCUAUUCCAGCUAUGGUGUGGACGGCUCCACCUGCUCCUUCUUCAUCUACCUUAGCGAGGUGGAGAACUGGUGUCCUCGCCUGCCCUGGAGGAUGAAACUCCUGAACGAUGAAAAAGACCUGAGUGGACAGGCUGAGAUCCGGACCAGCUUCGAGGGGCUUUACCGCUCGAUGUCACAGCGGGAGGAGUUUCGCUGGAUGAUGCUGAGGAUCAAACGCAUGGCCGAGCCGUGGGUCAGCGCCAUCCGCUCCCUGGCUGCCAAGCAGAACCUGACCAAGCGGCGGAGGAAGAAGAUCCUGGUCCACUUGGGCCUUCUCACCAAGGAGUCGGGCUUCAAGAUCGCAGAGAAUGCCUUCAGCGGCGGCCCGUUGGGGGAGUUGGUCCAGUGGAGCGACCUCAUCACCACCCUGUACCUCCUGGGCCAUGAUGUUCGCAUCUCUGCUUCGCUGGCUGAGCUCAAAGAGAUCAUGCGCAAGGUGAUGGGGAACAAAUCCAGCUGCCCCACCCAGGGCGAUAAGAUUGUGGAGCUCAUCUACAUUGACAUYGUGGGCCUCACCCAGUUUAAGAAGACUCUGGGGCCUUCCUGGGUCCACUACCAGUGUAUGCUACGGGUGCUGGAUUCCUUUGGAACGGAACCAGAGUUCAACCACGCCCACUACGCCCAGUCCAAGGGCCACAAGACUCCGUGGGGGAAGUGGAACCUCAACCCACAGCAGUUCAACACCAUGUUCCCUCACACCCCCGACAACAGUUUCCUGGGUUUCGUCGUGGAGCAGCACCUGAACGCCAGCGACAUCAAACACAUCGAUGACAUCAAGAGACAGAACCAGUCGCUCGUCUACGGCAAAGUCGACAACUUCUGGAAGGACAAGAAGAAGUACCUGGACAUCAUCCACAGCUACAUGGAGGUCCACGCCACCGUGCAUGGCACCAGCACUGUGCACCUGCCCAGCUACGUCAAGAACCACGGCAUCCUGAGCGGCCGAGACCUGCAGUUCCUGCUGCGGGAGACUAAG